CACACGGCCAUCUUGGUUCACGAAGUUGUGUUUUCGUUACGAUAAAACGAAAGGUGGAUGAAUUCAGAGAAAGCUAUCUUGUUUUUCGCGGAUUUAUUGGUUAAUUUUAGACAGAAAGAAAUUACAAUGUGAUGCAUACAGGGUAAAAUGAGUUUCAUUAAUAAGGAGAUAGAGGUUGAGGAAACAAGUGCCAAAACUGAAGGACUUGAAAACAAACAGGACCAGGAACCAGUUGUUAAAAAUGCGAAUGAACACCUUGAUAAAGGACAUGAUGGUAGUGGUGAUGAUAAAAGUAUUGAGGAAAAAGACAAGGUGAAAUUGAAAGAAGAUGAUGUUAAAGUGAGGGAUGAGAAAUCUGGCUCUACAACCAGCACAUCACCAACAGGAACUGGCAGUCUUAAGAUCCAGCAAAGUGGAAAAGGAAAAUCAGACUAUUAUAAGGAUAGAAAUCGGGCAGCAGGUGGUGGAGACAAAGGCUAUAACCAGCAUAGAGAAGAUCGCAGUAGUAAGAGUGAUCGAAGAGACAGUCGAGGAAAGGAAUUUGAACAUGGUAGCAAAGGGGGAUUUACAAAGAAAGUGGAAGAUCAGAGGAGGUUUCCUUUCAAAGAUAAGACUGCUAGUGCAAAGAGAGAUGAGAAAAAAGAUAAAGAAAGUGAUAGAAGAAAGCAAGAACUGAAGGCAAAAGAGAAAGCCAAAGAGGAAAUAAAGAAGUCCUCAGAAGAAAUUAAGAGACAGAAAGAAGAAAAAGAAAAACUUGAGAAAGAAAGGAAAGCUGAAGAAGAAAGAAAACUUAAAGAAGAAGAAAAACAACGCAAGGAAGAAGAGAAAAAACGAGAAGAGGAAGAAAGGCAAAGGCGAGAAGAAGAAGCUGUGAGAAUGAGAGAAGAGGAGGAGAAGUUAGCUAGAGAAUUAGAAGUAGAAGCGAAGGAAAAGAUUGCUGCCAAAAUUGAACUUAGAAUGAAAAAUCUUAAUGCUACAGCUGGACGUCCUGAAGAGUCAUUCUUUGGUAAACUUGACUCAAGUCUCAAGAAGAAUACCACCUUUGUUAAAAAACUGAGAACUAUGACUGAACAACAAAGAGAAUCCCUAUCUUCAGAUUUCGCUGGGUUAAAUUUGACAAAGUACAUAGGAGAGGCAGUUACUUCAGUGGUUGAAGCAAAGUUAAAGAUGUCUGAUGUUGGCUGUGCAGUUCACAUAUCUUCACUCCUCCACCAGCGAUAUGCAGAAUAUUCUCCACAGCUUCUACAAGCAUUCCAAAAAACAUUACAAAAGAAAGAUGAAAAGGUUACAGAUCCAGCAAGAAUGAGGAUCACCCUGCGUUUGUUGGCUGAGCUUGUUGUUCAUGGACUGUUUACUGACAAAGAAGGGCUACCAUUGCUAGCAAACCAGAUUUCUGCCAUAGUAAAUGUAGACAAGGAAACCCAUUCCAAUAUAUCUUUAAUUCUGAGUUUUGCCAGACAUUGUGGUGAAGAUUAUGCUGGCUUGAUACCCAGGAAAAACAGUGAGCAAAAUUUUGUUUAUAAAAAUGCCAAACUGGAUGGAGUGAUGGGGAUUGAUGUAUUUAACCCAUAUAAUUUAUCUGUGGAAUUUGAUUGGGAUACAUCUCUAUGGGAAGAUGAAGAUGCAAAGUCUUUCUAUGAAAACCUUGUGGAUCUGAAAGCUUUUGUUCCUGGGAUAUUAUUUAAAGACAGUGAAAAGGUUGCUGAAUUGGCUGAAGAUACAGAAGAAGAAGAAUUGAAUGAUCUGGACAUCACUGAUACUGAGACUGAAGAUGAUGAUGAAGAAGAGGCACAAAAAGAAGUUAUUGCAGCAUAUGAAGAAGAAAAAAAAAUAAUGGAAGAUUUGGAGUAUACUGCAGAAUUGGAAGACAUUGAGGAAGAGGAAACCACUGGCAACAUGAAUAUGAAAAUUCUUCUUGAAGCAUUCCUACAAAAGUUACCAACCUGUGUUAAUAGGGAAUUUAUUGAUCAGGCUGCUGUAGAGUUCUGUAUGAACCUAAAUACCAAGUCGAACAGAAAGAAGCUGGUAAAAACAUUAUUCCUUGUACCUAGAACAAGGUUAGAUUUGUUACCAUUUUAUGCUCGUCUUGUUGCCACACUUUAUCCAUGUAUGGGUGAUAUAGCAAGAGAUUUGGUUGAUAAAUUCAAAGGAGAUUUCAGAUGGCAUGUUAGAAAAAAAGACCAAAUCAACUUAGAAUCAAAAAUAAAAACUGUAAGAUUCAUUGGGGAACUAACCAAAUUUAAGAUGUUUCCAAAAACUGACACACUACUCUGUUUAAAGAUGUUGCUCCAUGAUUUCUCCCAUCACAACAUUGAAAUGGCCUGCAAUCUCCUGGAAACAUGUGGUCGUUUCCUCUAUAGGUCGCCAGAUUCGCAUCUCAGGACUAAUGCCCUUUUGGAACAAAUGAUGAGGAAGAAGAGCAAGUUACAUUUGAAUGAAAGACAGAACACAAUGGUAGAGAAUGCAUUCUUUUACUGUAACCCACCCGAAGUCAAGCAAGAAGAAAAAGUGGUUCGACCUCCAAUGCAUGAAUACAUUAGAAAACUUCUCUACAAAGAUUUGACAAAAUUGAAUGUUGAAAAAGUAUUGAGACAGAUUCGUAAACUACCUUGGGACAACAAGGAGAUUAUCAACUAUGUUACUAAAUGUAUGACUUGUAUUUGGAAUGUGAAGUUUAACAAUAUUCACUGUGUUGCCAGCUUAUUGGCAGGAUUAGUCCCAUAUCAUGAAGAAAUUGGUAUACAAGUAGUUGAUGGUGUAUUAGAAGAUAUUAGAAUUGGCAUGGAGAUCAAUCAUCCAAAGUAUAAUCAAAGAAGAGUGAGUAUUGUGAAGUAUUUAGGUGAACUUUACAAUUAUAGAAUGGUAGAGUCGGCAGUCAUCUUUAAAGAACUUUAUACUUUUAUUACUUUUGGUGUUAACCUUGAAGGUCCACCAACUCCAUUAGAUCCUCCAGAACAUUUAUUUCGUAUUCGUCUAGUUUCUACAUUGUUAGACACAUGUGGACAGUACUUUGAUAGAGGCUCUAGCAAGAGAAAGUUGGACUGCUUUCUGCUAUAUUUCCAGAGGUAUAUCUGGUACAAGAAGCAUUUAGACAUUUGGAAUCCAGAGCUUCAUCCAUUCCCAAUAGAUAUAGAUUACAUGAUAUCUGAUACUGUAGAAGCACUAAGACCCAAGUUUAAAUUCAGUUCAAAUUCAGAAGAGGCAAAUAAUGCUGUAAGAGAACUAGAACAAGAAUUUUUACCUAAAAUUGCCCCUUACUUACCAAAGAUUAGUGUUAGUGAAGAUCUUGAUGAUGCCUCCCAUCCAUUAACAACUAUAGUUGAGGAUGAUGAAACCACUUUCCAACCUCAGACAGAGUGUACACCUGAAAUAGGAUCUGAUGGAUUACCAGUCAUUACUGAAAUAGGUGAAGAAUCUGAUUCAGAUGAUGAAUCUUGCAGUGGGAGAAGAAGAAAUGAUUGUCUUAGAGGAAGUGGCAGUCAGAGUCAAGAAGGCAUUCUCACAGACAAAGAUGAUUAUGAUACUGAUGUGCUGAUGUCAGCUGGGGAGAAUGAGGAAGAUGAUCAGGUACAUGUGCUUACUGGUGGUCCAAAACAUAUCAAGUGUGAUGAAGAUAGUGACUUUCUUGCUGCUUUUGACCAGAUGAUGGCAGAAAACUUACAGCAUCGCAAUAAUGAACUUAUCAAAGUCCCUCAGUUGGAUGUAUCUGUGCCUGUUAACUUGAAAACUAAGUUGAAAGUUGGUGAUCCACUUAAAAGGGAAGAAGUAGAGAAAAUGCAUGUGGACUUUGUGAUGAUUACUCGUAAAGGAAACAAGCAACAGUUGAGAACUGUUCAAGUUCCUGCUAACUCUCACUUUGUGUCAUCUGUCAAGACCAGAGAAGAGGCAGAAAUGGCUGAAAAACAGAGAAUGAAACGUUUAACUCUGAAUAUUAAUGAAAGACAAGAAGAAGAAGACUAUCAAGAAAUGAUAGCUGCAAUGCAGAGACCAACUGCUGUUAAUACAACUAGAGAAAGGAAAUCCAAGUUCCAACAUCCGAAAGGUGCUCCAGAUGCAGAUCUUAUAUUCAAGUCAGGAGGAAGAUGGUAAAUUCAAUGCAUAUCAAAACACUUGUGAACCAAGUGUGAUAGCCAGUACCUCAAGAACCUUAUUACUGUUUGGGAAACAUGAGAUGUGUCACACUCUGUACCUAUUAAAGAGAAGGUUCCGGAUUUCCCUAAGUGGAGAGUCAAAAGGACGUGGAUGAUCCCAGUACGUUAUAGACCAUCAUACAAAUUUGGAAAGAAGCUAUGGCUUGGUAUAUUAUCAGUUUUGUCAUCAAUUGUAAUUCUUGGUGACUCUACCAAACUAAGAAUUAAUUUAAUAUCUGUGAUGUUAAUUUUCUUGUGUUGGAUCAAUACUAG